AGCGACAGUGUCUUCUCAUUUUCUUCUCAGUGUUUCAAUCUUUGCGAUUAAGAUGGAGGAUGAAGAAGCACAGAAGAACGCAAGAAGCAGCUGGUCACUGGUUCGACCAUUUCAAAUGAUCUCCAUUAGUCUUCUUAGCCUCCUCGUCCCUCUCUCUUUCCUCUUCCUUUCACGCCUCUCUCUUUCCUCCUCCUCAGCUCCGGUCACCGUCUCCGGCUUAUUCUCCUUUUUUCACCAAGCCGAUGUCGGAGUCUUAUACACAAUAUUGUCUCUCAUCAUCGUCUCCACUUUGAUCCACCAUCUCUCCGGAAAACCAGAAUGCUCUGUCUUUCAUUCACAUCUUCACAUCUGCUGGAUCGUUCUCUUCAUCGUCCAAGCUUGUGUCGCAUUUGGAAUCGAAGGAAGCAUGAGCACGACCAUGUCUACAAAUCCAGACAAAGGCUUUUCUCUUGCGUCACAAGAAAGGUGGGUCUUGGUUAGGGUUAUGUUCUUUUUGGGCCUGCACGAAGUGAUGCUUAUGUGGUUUAGAGUCGUCGUUAAGCCGGUGGUAGACGACACUGUUUUCGGGGUUUAUGUAGAGGAGAGGUGGUCGGAGAGAGCCGUCGUCGCAGUGACUUUUGGUCUAAUGUGGUGGUGGAGGCUAAGAGAUGAGGUAGAAAGUUUGGUGGUUAUUGCAGAGGUUAAGCGUAACCUUCUGAUCCGUUUAGAAAGUUUUGAUUUUGUGAAUUGGUGUAUGUAUUACACCUGUGUUGUGAUUGGUAUUGUGAAGAUCAUCAAAGGGUUUACGUAUUUUGUGAAUAUGUUCAUUUUGACCACUAUGAAGUCAAGAAAAGGAUCUGAACAUUGUGUUGUAGUUGUUGAUGAUGAUCAUGUGUAA